ACCCUCUCCACCAGAAACGGAAGUGAGAGACAGGGAUUUUCACAAUGGCAUCGGUGAGCAUGGUGGGAGCUGGGUUCUCAUACAGCGCAAGAUCAUCGCCGUCAAUGGAGGCACUGAAGAGUGGCAGAGGAGGAAGAAGCUUCGGCACCCAAUUCCCCAUCUCUUCCUCUGGUGCAGCGAGGAGAGCUGUGGUGGUGAGGGCAGAGACUAUAAACCCAGAGAUUAGGAAAACGGAAGAGAAAGUCGUUGACUCUGUUCCAGUCGCUGAGCUCGCCAAACCCGUCACUGCUUACUGCAGGUGUUGGAGGUCUGGGACUUUCCCACUCUGUGAUGGAAGCCAUGUGAAGCACAACAAAGCUACUGGAGAUAACGUUGGGCCUUUGCUUUUGAAAAAGUAGUAAUCUUUUCAUCUCAUUCAUUUCUCGGCAUGCUAGACUUGAAAACUGAAACUUCGGAGUUUAUCUGAUGAAUGAUGUUUCGAUGCAAUGUGUUUCUACCAAACUUUUACUGAAACAAACAUAGUUUCAUCUCACAAUCGUAGAGGUCAAAGUACCGUUCAUUUUUUCUUGUU